AUGUCGUCUUCACAGAAUCAUUACAUUGGCAUUGAUGUCGGAACAGGCUCAGUCCGUGCCUGUAUCAUCGACUCGACGGGCGAUAUCAAGGCCCUCGCGACCCAAAACAUCAAGCUAUGGACCCCUUCCUCGGGCUAUGAAGGCUCGCAUUAUGAACAAUCAACAACAGACAUCUGGAACGCCAUCUGUUACUGCGUGAAGCAGGUGUUGGCCGAGUCCAAAGUGGACCCGAACUCGGUAAAAGGAAUCGGAUUCGAUGCCACCUGCUCGCUGGCCGUUUUCACCCACGACACAAGCGAACCUGUGCCCGUAACCGGGCCGGAUUUCAAGAACGACGGCAAUGACAGGAACGUCAUCUUGUGGCUCGACCACCGCCCCUUGGCCGAGGCGGAGAAAAUCAACAACACCAACCACAACUUGCUCCGUUAUGUCGGCGGCAAGAUGAGCGUGGAAAUGGAGAUCCCCAAGGUCCUCUGGCUCAAGAACAACAUGCCGCCCGAGCUGUUUGCCCGCUGCAAGUUCUUCGAUUUGACGGAUGCCUUGACCUACCUGGCGACUGGGAAAGAGACCCGAAGCUUCUGCAGCACUGUUUGUAAGCAAGGGUUUGUGCCCGUGGGCGUCGAUGGUAGUGUGAAGGGGUGGCAAGAGGACUUUUAUGAGACCAUUGGUCUGGGCGACCUCGUGAAGGAUAAUUUCGUCAGGAUGGGCGGCGUUGACGGGGUAAACGGCUAUUGGAUGAGCGCUGGUGAGCUUGUUGGCGGCUUGUCUGAAGAGGCAGCCCAGCAACUGGGCCUGCCCGCUGGAAUUGCCAUCGGUAGUGGUGUUAUCGAUGCAUACGCCGGGUGGAUUGGAACAGUUGGAGCCAAGGUUGAGCUCUCGCCGGAUCAACUCGGCGACAAUGUAGCACCCAACGACGUAUCGCAGGCCUUUACCCGUUUAGCUGCCGUUGCUGGCACAUCGACCUGCCAUCUCGCCAUGUCUAAGGGUCCGGUUUUCGUACCCGGAGUUUGGGGCCCGUACCGAGAUGUUCUGCUCCCGGGCUAUUGGAUGGCUGAGGGAGGUCAGUCGGCCACAGGCGAGCUCAUGAAGCACAUGCUGGAGACGCAUGUCGCUUAUGAUGAAACCCUCAAGAAAGCCGAAGCUGCUGGGAAGAACAUCUACGAUUACCUCAACGAACACCUCAAGGAGAUGGCCAAGAAGGCCAAUGCGCCAUCCAUCUCAUACCUGGUCCGCCACUUCUUCUUUUACGGUGACCUCUGGGGCAACCGAUCGCCUAUUGCUGACCCUAACAUGCGCGGCGCCAUGAUUGGUAUGAGCAACGACAAGAGCAAGGACGGCAUGGCUCUGCUAUACUACUCCACAAUGGAGUUCAUCGCCCUCCAGACGCGGCAGAUCGUCGAGGCCAUGAACGCUGCCGGACAAACCAUCAAGAGCAUCUUCAUGUCAGGCAGCCAGUGCCAAAACGAGAUUCUGAUGGACCUGAUCGCCACGGCAUGCGACAUGCCCGUCUUGAUCCCCGUUACCGCCAAGCCAGAUGGCACGACCGAGCCUCUGUGGGACAUCAUGGACCGCAUGAGCAAGCCGGGCAAGACCAUCUGGUCGCGCGGUGAUGCUGCGGAGAAGAAGCUGCUGGAUGCCAAGUACGAGAUCUUCCUUGAUCAGGCGAGGACGCAGCAGGAGUAUAGAAAGAAGGUUGAUGCGGCGCUUAAGGGGUCAUCGCUUGAGGGUCAAGAGGCCAACUAA